AUGGUUACUACUGAUAAAGAUUCAGAGAAGAAGAAGGAUGACAAUAGUAAAAGAAGCACGAUUGAAGUAGAAAAUGGCUUACUUACAAGGAUUUUGACCAUCAUUAGUUAUGAUUUAGUGCUUUGGUUCUUCUCAGCGGUAAUUCAUACAUUUUUUAGAGAAGUGAAGUCCAGAGGGACAUUUAAUAUCCCUAAGAAGGGAGCAAUAGUUUUUGUUAUUGCACCUCAUGCUAAUCAAUUCAUUGACCCUAUAGUGGUGAUGUCCUCUGUGAAAGAAUACUCAAGAAGACGGAUUGCAUUUUUGGUGGCAGCGAAAUCAUAUAGAAGAAAGUUCAUUGGAACAGGGGCAAAAUUCACUGGGGCAAUUCCAGUAGAAAGAGCACAAGAUCUCCUUAAACCAGGAACGGGAACAAUUAAACUUCAAGACAUAGAAGAUGGCACCAUAGUUGUAGGUGAAGGUACUUCAUUCACGAAGGAAUGUAUGAAAAAGGGGUUGAUAGGAUUGCCAGAAUCGUUAGGAAACGCUGUAAUUGAAUCUAUUGAAUCAGAUACUAAGUUGACUUUGCGUAAAACUUUCCAGAUAAACGUAUCUGAACCCAACGAAGCAGACAAAAAACGUAUACAGCGCUUGACAGAAGGUACAUCUUACAAAGUAGCGCCCCAUGUUGAUAACAAUAGCGUUUUCCAACAUGUUUUCGAUCAUUUGAAUAGAGGAAAUGUAUUAGGUAUGUUUCCUGAAGGAGGUUCACAUGAUAGACCUGAUCUAUUACCGUUGAAGCCAGGAGUGGCGAUCAUGGCAUUAGGUGCGGCAGCCAAGUCGGAAGAUCCUGAUGCCAUUAUAAACAUAAUACCUGUUGGAAUGAAUUAUUUUCAUCCUCAUAAAUUCAGAUCUAGGGCGGUCAUUGAAUUCGGUAAACCAAUAAAGGUGGAUAAAAAGUUGGGAGAGAAAUAUGAGGAAAACCCUAAAGAUUCAGUUGCAAAAUUAAUUGAUGUCAUUACCCUAGGCUUGAAGGAAGUUACAGUGACAUGUGGGGAUUAUGAUACCUUGAUGGCAUUACAAGCGGCUAGAAGAUUAUAUACAUCUUCAAACAGGGAGUCAAUACCCUUGCCUCUAGUUGUGGAAAUGAAUAGAAGAUUAGUCAAGGGAUAUCAAAAGUAUUCUAAUGAUCCAGAUGUUGUUGAGAUGAAAACUCUUGUUAGUAAUUAUAAUAAGAAAUUGAUGAGAAUGGGGUUACAUGACCACCAAGUCGAAUCAUUGACUGAAACCAAUAGGCUUCAUACUUUUGUCACAUUUUCCGCGAGGUUAUUCAAAGUGUUUUUGUUCCUAGGUUUAAGUAUGCCAGGCAUUUUCCUCUUUUCACCUGUAUUUAUUGUUGGUAGAAGAAUAGCUAGGAAAAAAGCAAAGGAAGCAUUAGCUGGUUCAGUGGUUAAAAUUAAAGCCAAUGACGUAUUAGGGACGUGGAAAAUCUUAGUUGCGCUAGUUUUAGCACCUUCAUUAUACAUUUUUUACUCAAUUAUUGGAACAUUUUUGAUUAUCAAGCUGAACAUCACCAAGGACAAAAUUCCAACGGUCAUAAUCUUUCUAGUAUGCUACGGAUGGUCUGUUUUAACGACGUAUGCAUCGUUGAGAAUUGGGGAAAUUGGAAUAGACUAUUAUAAGUCAUUAAAGCCAUUAUUCUAUUCACUUCUCAGUCAUCAUAAAGAUAUUAUCCAAAUUGAAGAUUUGAAGCGCAACAGGACUCUUUUGGCAGAAAAAGUCACCGAGUUCUGCAAUUCAUAUGGACCUGAUAUGUUUGAAGACUUCGACAAAUUUUACCGUCAAUACAAUAACAUCGAAUCUAGCGAAUAUGUUAAUGAGUCCGAAUCAGAUAUUGAGAACGUACCUGUGAGUAACACAGUGAACCGUCCUAGUAUGUCAUUGUUGAGGUCUGCAUCAUUCAACAUUAACAAUUUGGCCGAUGUUCCAAUUUUUUCCAUUCCAGGAUUCCUGGACUUGCAGUCAGACGUUGAAGAUGACGAAUCCAAGGCUGAAGAUGAAAGCGACGAAUCAUCUUCCUCUGACACCAGCGAUAUCGAAGCCACCAACGAUGCAAGCAAUCUACAGCAGAGUAAGUUACGCUUAAGGAACGCUAUGAAAUCAAAAUUUACUGCUCAAGACAAUCCUUAA